AUGGUCGUUGCCUUUGCUGGUAACACGCUUCUGAUCUACUUCGUGUGGAAGAAACCGGAAGUUCGAUCAAUGACCAGCUCCAUGUUCGUCAACAUGGCGGUGGCUGAUUUGUUAAUUACGCUAAUUGUAAUGCCUUUCUCCGUUAUUCACCUACACAAUGGCGGCAAAUGGCUUAUAGUUCAUGAUCUGGCGGGGGAAAUAACAUGCAGAGGCUUUUACUUUGUUGCAAUGGUCACUGCGGUUUCUUCGAUACUGUGCCUGGCGUUCAUGGCUUACGACAGAUACACGGCGAUUCUUCACCCUUUCCGCCCCCUUCAAUGUAUUCGUAAGGCAAAGUACGCUGCACCUAUCAUCUGGAUUCUCUCAAUGCUAUUAAUGUCUAUAAUUCUUGUUAUUUCGGAUUUUGAUCCGUUGCAGGACUUUUGCGGUUUCAACUUUGACAUCUUGGGAAAAGAGAGCACCACAGUUCUUGGCGGAAUUUUCGUUUACUUGUUUGUAGUCCAAUAUUUUUUGCCACUAAGUGUCACAUCCAUCCUGUACGCUAAAACCGCUCACAAAUUGUGGUUUCGUCAAGUUCCCGGGAAUUAUUUGUCACAAAAUCAGAGGCAACAGGAAAUCGCCAAGAGAAAAGUGGUCAGAAUGCUUGUCAUCGUUGUCGCUGUAUUUGCUGUGUGUUGGCUACCCAUGCAAUUCUUUCAGCUGUAUCAGGUGAUCAAAGAAACGCAGCCAUUGCCUCCCUUUGCUAUGUACCUCUGCUACUGGUUGGGUCAUGGCAAUAGUGCCAUAAACCCAUGGUUGUACAUCUCCUUGAGCUCAAGGCUCCGCCUGGCGUUUAUCCGAAUGGUAAAAAAGAAAUUCAGUCGGCCAGCCGGAAGAGUGCGUUUGAAGAAGACAGCGGCGACAACUAAUCUCCUAACACAUGGAACACAUGUGGAGUCUUCUGUAUAA